AUGGUCGUUACAAAAGCCACCACUUUACCUUCUUCUACCCAUACAGAAAACACCACUGACACCACAAUGGACUUUGUGAAGGAUCUCGACAAUCGGUUAUUAUUCGCUGUUCCCAAAAAGGGCCGUCUUUAUGAGGAAUGCCUUCAGCUUCUUCACGGUUCAGACAUUCACUUCAAUCGCAAAUCGCGUCAAGACAUUGCUCUCAGCACCAAUCUUCCCGUCGCCCUCAUCUUUCUUCCCGCCGCUGAUAUUCCCAAAUACGUUGCAGAAGGCAAUGUCGACCUUGGCAUCACGGGUCAGGAUAUGGUGGUAGAAAACGAAGUCGAGGACAAGGUCACUGAAAAGAUGAAGCUUGGAUUCGGCAAGUGCCGUCUUUGUGUCCAAGUCCCCAUCAAGGGCGAAUAUCAAUCCCUCGAUUCAUUGGUCGGCAAGCGUAUUGUUACUAGCUUUGAUGGAUAUGCACGCAAGAUUUUUGAACCCCUCGAUCAGGCUACCGGCAAGUCUACCACUAUCAGCUACGUCUCUGGAUCCGUUGAAGCUGCAUGCGCUCUUGGCCUUGCAGAUGGCAUUAAAUCGGGUGAGACAAUGCGUGCAGCUGGUCUACACGAUAUUCACACUUUGAUGUCCACUGAAUCGGUGCUCCUUGCCAACCAAAAGUCUCAACACAAGGACCUUAUUGAAAAGAUCACUUCACGUAUCCGUGGUGUUAUCGCCGCCAAAAGAUUCGUCUUGUGUACUUACAACAUUGAACGUUCAAAGUUGUCGACUGCUGCCGCCAUCACCCCUGGUCGUCAAGGCCCUACCAUUUCCUCUUUGGAGUCGCAUGAAGGCUGGGUUGCCGUGUCCGCUAUGAUUGAGACUAAGCAAAAGGGCGAGAUUAUGGAUAAGCUGACCGAGGUGGGCGCAACCGAUAUCCUGGUGACGGCAUUCACAAGUUGUCGCGUUUAG